CUUUGAUGAAACUCGAGUUCAUGCGCGCCUCUACCCUCUUGCAGCGCAAUCUUGCUGGACUUUUCUCCUCUGUCCAAGCACCGGUAUCUCGCCAAUUCUCUCCCACUUCCCGCGUACAUAGCUUCGCUAGACAAUACGCCCGAUCUCUACACAUCGAAUCUAAAGCCGAAACCGAGCUCACAGAACUCUUCAAACGAGUACAAUGGCCGACAACACUGCAGGAGGAGAGGGCGCUGGUGGAAAGCGUAAGAACCGUAAUAUGGGAAGGUCAGAAUGGAGGGAGUCGACAAGCUCUAGACAAGAGAAAGCGCGCUGAAGAACGGGAAGCGGCCAAGCGUCGCAAGAUCGAGAACGGCGAACAAGUCACCAACCCAAUCUACGCGACCGAGUUCUCCAAGGAAGAAAUUGACAACGAGGAGCGUCGCCCAAAGAAGAAGGUUGCGGUCAUGAUCGGGUAUUCGGGAACUGGUUACUACGGCAUGCAAUUGAUUGAGGACAAGCCGACUAUUGAAGGCGAGCUGUUUUCGGCUUUGGUCGCAGCUGGCGCAAUUUCCAAAGCUAAUGCGACGGACCCCAAAAAGUCCUCCUUUAUUCGCUGUGCCCGUACUGACAAGGGUGUCCACGCCGCGGGCAAUGUUGUCUCCCUCAAGAUGAUUAUCGAAGACCCAGACAUCGUCGAGAAGAUCAACCAGCACCUCAGCCCGCAGAUCCGAGUCUGGGGAUUGGAGCAGACGGCCAAGAGUUUCAGCUGUUAUCAGAUGUGUGACUCUCGAGUAUAUGAGUAUCUGCUUCCAAGUCAUUGUCUUCUCCCUCCCCACCCCAGUACAUAUAUGGGAAGGAAGAUUGUGGAGCUGGCCGAGAAGGCAGGCGACUUGGAUGAUGUCAACGCCCGACAGGAAGAUGUCACCGGUUACUGGGAGAAGGUGGACGAGGAGUAUAUUAAGCCUAUUCUGGAUAAUGUUCCAGAGGAUAUCCGGAACAUUGUUCAACAAUCUCUCUCCUCUAGCGACGUGACUCCGGAAGACCUUGAUAAGGAGGAUCAACCCGUUGCGGAACCUGUUGAGGAACCCAAGCAGUCCGAAGAGUCUAGCGCUGAGCAGUCAAAAGAGGACCAGCCUUUUGUCAUGGAUCCUCGCCAAAGGCUGAUUCUCGACACCACCAAGGCUGUCAAGGCAGCUUACAUCAAGGCCCGCCGAGCCUAUCGGGCUCCUGCCUCCCGCAUUGCCCGCUUGCAAGGGGCCCUUGACCGAUAUGUUGGCACCCCGAACUUCCACAACUAUACUAUUCAAAAGACCUUCAAGGACCCGUCGGCCAAGCGUCACAUCAAGUCCUUCAAUGUCAACACGACCCCCGUCGUCAUCAACGGUACCGAGUGGCUUAGCCUGAAGGUCCACGGCCAGAGCUUCAUGAUGCACCAAAUUCGCAAAAUGGUUGCCAUGGCCUCGCUUGUCGUUCGUUGCGGCUGCCACCCGGACCGCAUUAAGGAGUCGUACGGGCCCGAUCGAAUCGCCAUUCCCAAGGCCCCUGGACUGGGACUAUUGCUUGAGCGACCCAUCUUCGACAGCUACAACGCCAAGGCCAGCAGUUUGGGACGUGGUCCUGUUCAUUUCGAGAGGUUCACAAAGGAGAUGGACGAGUUCAAACAGCGCGAAAUCUACGAUAGAAUCUUCCGUGAGGAAGAACAGACGUCAGCAUUUGGCAAUUUCUUCAACCACAUCGAUCAUUUCCAGAACAACUUCUUCCUGUACUGCACGUCCGGCGGUAUCCCGGCUGCGAAGCUUGUGUCUGCUCCCACUGAAAAGGGUACAUUUAAGGGAGAGGGUAACAAGGCAGAUAAAGAUCAGAGCGCCGCUUUGGCUGAAGUCGAAUCUUCAGAGGAUGAAGGGAACUUGCCGGAAGGUGGAGAGAAAGGUAAUUAAAUGGAGAUUUGUACACUCUGGAAUGUUAGACUAUCUUGAGAUACUGUUAGACUCUUGACCACACAAAGGUUGAAUGAUACGCCAAAUGGAUGAGCUCGUUGGCGAGUCAAGGUUCGCUCUAUCAUACUGCUCCAAAAGCUUUCCUAUUCACAGGUGUAAUUGGAUCCCCAGCAAACUCCCCAUCCGGUCCCACCAGAACAAGAAUGUUUUUCAUGG